AUGGUGCGCCUUAGGGAAAUUCCACGCACAGCGACUUUCGCGUGGUCCCCCGAUGCGCCAUCUUCUUGGAUCGCAACUGGCACGAAAUCGGGUGCUGUCGACGUCGAUUUUAGCAAUGAGACUUGUCUAGAACUGUGGGAUCUGGCAUUGGAAGGUGGUGAACAGGGUCAAGAAUUGCAGCCCUCCAUCACCCUGCCUACGGAAACGGGCUUUCACGACCUUGCCUGGACGCCGGCGCAGGCUGGACACAAGAGAGGGAUCAUUGCAGGAGCAUUUGACAAUGGGUCACUAGGCCUGUGGGACGCGGAGAAGGCCCUCACCAACACAGCGGAAGCCUCCAUUUUCACCAACAAGAUACACAGCGGAGCAAUCAAGGCCUUGCAAUUCAAUCCCAAGAUACAGAACUUUCUCGCAACGGGUGGUGCCAAGGGGGAACUGUUCAUUUCAGAUCUGAACCACCUUGAUGCUCCCAUACGACUUGGAAGCACGGCUGCUCGGGCAGACGAUAUCGAUUGCCUCGACUGGAAUAAAAGAGUCUCAAAUAUCCUGGUCACCGGAAGCAGUGGUGGUUUCGUAACAGUAUGGGACAUGAAAACGAGGAAAGAGAGCUUGACGCUCAACAACUUUCAACGGAAACCGGCCAGCGCUAUUGCGUGGGAUCCUGAAAAGCCCACACGAUUAAUCACUGCUGUACCUCUGGAGCAAGAGCCGGUCAUCUUGGUCUGGGACCUGAGAAACUCGAACGCCCCAGAGAAGGUGCUUCGUGGUCAUGACUCGGGAGUCCUUUCAGUUGCUUGGUGCCCGCAGGACCACGACCUUUUGCUCUCUUGCGGGAAGGACAACAGAACGAUCUUGUGGAAUCCCCAGACCGGAGAAGCGUAUGGCGACUAUCCAGUCGUGACCAACUGGACCUUUCAGACCAGAUGGAACCCCCACAACCCGAACAUGUUUGCGACAGCCUCCUUCGAUGGCAAGCUGCAGAUCCAGACCCUGCAGAGCACCAAUCCGAGCAACACUCAGACAGACCAGAGUCAGGCGGCGGACGGCGAGGACUUCUUCUCCAAAGCUCAGACGCAGCCUCAGACUUCGUCUUUCUCGCUUCUCAAAGCGCCCAAGUGGCUCGAGCGACCUGUUUCUGUAUCGUUCGGCUUUGGUGGAAGAAUCAUUAGUGUCAAACAAGCAGAGCCUGGCAAAUCGAGGGCUUCAAAGAUCUGUAUCAGCAAAUUCGAGGUCGAUUCGAAUGUCGGGAGCGCGACCGAAACCUUCGAGAAAGCCCUUCAGUCUGGGGACCUCACGAGCUUGUGCGAGGACAGGGUUGCAUCUGCAAAAACCGAGGAGGAGAAAGCUGACUGGAAAGUCAUCGAGACCCUGGUAUCCAAGAACCCCCGAGCAGAGCUGGUGAAAUACUUGGGCUUUGAAGACACCACCGAGGACAGCUCAAAUGGCGUGGAGCAGCAGCAACAGCAGCAGCCGCCUUCGGGAGCUGAUAAUUCAGAAGAGCAAAAGCCGUCUGUCAACGGCGCCUCCAAAUCCCACAAACGAUUUCAGUCCAUUUUCGCAAGCUCGGCCGACGGAGACUUUCUGGCAGAGUUGGCGGCUACGAAGGGUACCAGGACCAACAACCCCUUCCAGAUCUAUACGGGUUCCGAGUCGCAGGCCGACCGACAGAUCACAAGGGCCUUGAUCUUGGGGCAAUUUGAGAAAGCUCUGGACGUAUGUUUGCAGGAGAACAGGAUGUCGGAUGCUUUCAUGAUCGCCAUCUGUGGUGGUGAAGCCUGUAUCAAGAAAGCCCAAGAAGCAUAUCUCGCGAAACAGUCUGGCGGAUCAAACUACCUGCGUCUCCUCGCUUCGGUCGUCGGCAAAAAUUUGUGGGAUACAGUUCACAAUGCCGACCUCGCGAAUUGGAAGGAAGUCAUGGCAACACUGUGUACAUUCGCUGAUGAGCAGGAGUUUCCAGAUCUUUGCGAGGCGCUUGGAGAUAGGAUCGAGGAACAGAUCGAUGAUCUGUCUUCGGUCUCUCGGAAAGAUGCCUCUUUCUGCUUCUUGGCUGGUUCCAAGUUGGAGAAGGUGGUCGCCAUCUGGAUCCAGGAGCUCAAAGAGCACGAGGAGGCAGGGGCCUCGGAAGCAGACGCAUCUUCCGCAUUUUCCUUGCACGCCCGCGGUCUCCAAGACUUCAUUGAAAAGGUGACCAUCUUCCGACAGGUGGUCAACUUCAAAGACGCGGAGCUGACCAAAACCGGGGACUGGAAGCUGGAAGCCCUGUACGGUAAAUAUCUGGAAUAUGCUGACAUUGUAGCUGGUUCUGGCCAGCUCGAUGUUGCUCAGAAAUAUCUUGAUCUUCUUCCGGCAAACUAUCCAGGAGCGGAUGUCGCAAGAAGCCGGAUCCAACAAGCCAGGAAGAAAACAGCCGCUCCUGCUGCUGUGCCUCAAGCUACGCCUAUAACGACAAGGAGCAAGCCUCUUCCUGGCACGUCACAAUUCCAACCUCCGGUAACAGCAUUUACUCCGCCAACUCCUCAAGUUCCGACUCCUUAUGGUGCAAGCAACCUGCAACCCAGCAAUCCCUACGCGCCACCCACGGCCACCAGUGCCCCCUCAAAUCCAUAUGCGCCCGUUGGUGGUAGCUAUCAACCUCCACAACAAAUGAGAAUGCCUCCAGGCCCUCCUCCCCCCGGCCCAUACGGCAUUCCACAGGCCAACCCUAUUCAACCACCUCCUAGGUACAAUCAAUCUCCAGCGAUCCCUCCUCCGUCUCAAGACAAAAGUAUGUCCAACUGGAAUGAUAUACCGGAGGGCUUCGUCAAACCCCCUACCUCGAGAAGAGGCACGCCUAGCGUUCCACCUCAGCCGGCACAAAAUCCAUUCAGUCCACCACCGGCACAGAUAACGUCUCCUCCCACCGCUCCGCCUUUUGGUUCAAGACAGAGAGCCUCGCCCGUUCCCCCUCCACCCAAAGGGACGGGUGCACCUCCACGGGUGACGUCUCCUCUAGGUGGUCAACCUCCUUUUGAGCGACCUUCAUCGGCAAGCAAUCCUUACGCACCGCCAGCCGUAACUUCUCCGCCCCUCGGACAGAAUAUCAUGUCACCGCCGAUUCCCAGGGGUCCGUCCCCAUACAACGCGCCUCCCUCUCACGCCCCUACAGCCCCUAAUAGAUAUGCCCCGGCGACAAGUACUCAGCAGACAGGUGCUCCCAACACGCGUCCAUCUAUCGCACCGCCUCCCCAAGGUUCAUCCUUCCAAGCGCCUACCCCUCCGGCAAACCCCUAUGCUCCGACCCAGCAAUCGCAGCCACCUCGACAGACGAGCUACGGCCCACCCCAACCAACUCAAACGCCGCAGUCAGCCACGGCGCCGCCGAUGCCGAUACCGACACCACAGCAACAAUUUAUAUCCACUGGACCGCCUGCUGCAGGAAGCGGACCUGCAGCGCAAGGACCACCUUCCCGGCCCGGCACGGCGGGCUCAAACAGAGCCUCCGCCGCUCCUCCAGCGCGGAAGUAUCCCAAGGGCGACCGGACACAUAUAUCACCCUCCGCUCAACCAAUCUUUACCAUUUUGUCGUCCGAAAUGGCGCGUGUCAAAGCCCGAGCUCCACAGUCGUUCAAAGCACAAGUGGUUGAUACUGAGAAACGGCUUGACAUCCUUUUUGAUCAUUUGAACAACGAGGAUCUGCUCAAACCGGAUACGGUGGCGCAGCUGGUUGAGUUGGCCCAGGCACUGGAAGGAAGGGAUUUUGUUCGGGCGCAGGAGAUUCAGAUGGACGUGCAUACGAACAAGGUGGAGGAGUGUGGUCACUGGAUGGUGGGUGUGAAGAGGUUGGUGGGCAUGUGUCGGGCUACCCCUUGA